AUACAUGCCUGCAAGUAUGAGGAUGGGGGAGCUCUUUUUGCCUUACCCUCCCCUCUUAUAGAAAUCGAAUCUGGUAAUUUCCUUAGCAGCAGUGUGACAGCACCUAGCUUCUGAUGUCCUUGGAAACAACUCUCCAGCCAAGGGGGGUUUGUCGGCCUAGCUGCAAACCAGUAGUAAUCCUGUGGAUCUGAUGCACCAAAGCGUACAAAUCUGUUUAACAUUAUGCUAAAGGAACCUAAAGUGAAGUGAAAACUUUGCAUACAACUAAGGAGCUGAAACUUUCCAACCUGCUGUCUGUUCCCUGGAGGAAAAGUGUGCAUCUUCAAAAUCUCUUUAGGAUACGUUGGUGUUUCUCCCUUCUAACCUUUGCAUGGAUACAUCAUGGCUACAUUUGUUUGCAGGGUGCAGUUUUUAGAUGAUACCGAUCAUUUUAACAGUACAAAUUUUCCUGAACCUACCCGUCCACCUUUUUACACUUUCAGAGAAGAUAUUCCUCUGAUCAAUCAGAUUGCAGGGAUACACAGACUGCUGAAAGCACCCCACAAGCUUGAUGAUUGUACUCUUCAACUUUCCCACAAUGGCACCUAUUUGGAUUUGGAGUCUACACUAGAUGAACAAAAAGAUGAAUUAGAAGGCUUCCAGGAAGACACAGGGAGGGGUAAGAAGCACAGCAUAAUCCUAAGGACACAGCUAUCGGUGAGGGUACACGCCUGCAUUGAAAAACUCUACAACUCAAGUGGACGGGAGCUUAGGAGGGCUUUGUUCUCCCUCAAGCAGAUAUUUCAGGAUGACAAGGAUUUAGUUCACGAGUUUGUUAUUGCAGAGGGGCUGACAUGUUUGAUAAAAGUAGGAGCAGAAGCAGAUCAGAACUACCAGAACUACAUCCUGAGAGCUCUUGGUCAGAUUAUGCUGUAUGUGGAUGGGAUGAAUGGCGUGAUAAAUCAUAAUGAAACUGUGCAGUGGCUGUACACACUAAUAGGAUCAAAGUUUCGCCUAGUGGUGAAGACCUCCCUCAAGCUGUUACUGGUGUUUGUAGAGUACACUGAGUCAAACGCAAUGCUACUGAUCCAGGCUGUGUCCGCACUUGAUGACAAGAGAGGAGUCAAACCAUGGACAAACAUUAUGGAAAUCUUGGAUGAGAAAGACGGGGUCGACACCGAGCUUCUGGUAUAUGCAAUGACACUCUUGAACAAGACACUAGCUGGGCUCCCCGAUCAGGACUCAUUCUAUGAUGUGGUUGACUGCUUGGAGGAGGCAGGCAUUGAAGCCAUUUCACAGCGACACUUGAACAAAAAAGGAACAGACCUGGAUUUAGUUGAGCAGUUCAAUAUUUAUGAGAUGAUCCUACAACAUGAAGAUGGAGAUGAUGACACUGACCCUCCUCCCUGUGGUCGCAAGGACAGAAGAAGAGCGAGUCUUGGCUCAAAUGAGAGGCGAGGUUUGGAGCGUAGGAGAAGUCGCCGUCACUCUUUUCAAAAUAUUAAGAACAGUUUGUCUGCGCCAGCCAGUCCUUGCAGCCCUCUGAACAGCCCUCAUAGUCAUUCUAGAACUAGUAUUAACCUAGGAAGCGGGCAAAGGUUCGAUGACCUCACUGAAAAAGAGGAAGAGUCCGAAGAAGAGGAAGCUCAACAGCCAGUUACAGAACCUAAUACAGAGGAUGAGGGAGAUGAAGAUCCAUCCAGACAGGUCCAAGCCAGGUCAAAGUCACAGAGUCCGUCAGCCAACAGCAGCACUUUACUUGAUUCAUCUGUCCUGCACACUGCUUCUCCAGACACUUUGCCAGUGUCUCCUUCUGUAGCUGUUCCACAGACAUUACAAGUCCCUAACCACAAUUUCCAAGGGUCUGUGUGCAGUACUACACCCAGGGCUUCUCCCACAGAGGAGAAAUUGCCUUAUCUUCCUCACACCCCUUUCCACCUUUUCUCUUAUGACUUUGAUGAACCUCCAGCAACUGCAAGAGAAACAGAGGCUGAAACAAUGAGGUUAAACAGUCGGUCAGAAUCUUCCUACAUGGGCAAGUACUCUGAUUCCUGUGAUCCUUACUUUUACAGGUCUCUUUCUUCAUGUAGAUACAGCAGUUAUAACAGCACUGGUCCAUAUUUGCCUAGUCGAUCCUACUCUGGACUGAGCAGUCCUACCACUCUCACAUCUCGCUAUGGUUCAACAGUGUCACCACCACAGGACUCGAAGGCUGACAGACCAGUGCUUGGUGGUCUCCUUACAUCAUCAUACCGGCAACAUCAGGAGUCCCUGGCAGCAGAAAGAGAAAGACGACGUCAAGAAAGGGAAGAGCGGUUGCAAAGGAUAGAACGAGAAGAGAGAAACAAAUUCAGCCGAGAUUACAUAGACAAAAGGGAAGAACACCGACAAGCAAGAGAAGAAAGAUAUAGGUUUCUGGAAAAGCAGGCUGCUGAAGAGUAUGAAAAGGAAUUGAGAAGCCGCAGUGCAACACGAGGCAGGAGUGAGCUGUCCCUGAGUCUCAGUUCUCCUUCUAUACCAUCAUCACCUAUCCCAAGGAGUGUCACACCAUCAUCAGAAUCACAGGAGGAGCAAGAAACUCUGUCAUCGCCACGAAGGACACCACAACCUCACAGAAUCACAUCUAGUGAAUCUGAACUUGGAAUCGAAGCAGAAGUGGAACCGGAAGCGGAAACAGAACCAAAACCAGAAGCAGGACUUGAGGCAGAAUCUGAGCAAGACCUAGAAUCCAAGUCUGAGCCUGCAGAGGAUGAAGAGUCAGAGCCUGAAAAGCAAGCAGAUGCAUUAGAAGAUAACAGUCAAAAAGUAGAGCAGCAGACUUCUGAGGAGGCAGCGGAAUCGGAGCUGGAGCAAGGGACGGAUCGAGAGGUAGAGGAAAGUGCAAUACUCAGCGAGAAAGAAAGGCAGAAUGAGGAAGUGAAUGAGAAAGACAACUGUUCUGCAUCCAGCAUUUCUUCAGCUAGCAGCACUUUAGAGAGGGAGGAAAGAGAGGAGAAGAUAACUAGCGACAAUGAAACGGGUGCAUGGACUCCAAGUCUUAAGAAUGUAAAUGUGAAUGAGCACAGCAGUGAUCUUCUCAACAACAAAAGGUUCAUGUUGGACAUGUUGUAUGCCCAGAAUAAGGAGCCAGAGGAUGAAAGUCAGACAGAGCUUCAGAAAGAGGAGGAGGAAGAGGAGAACUCCAUUACAAGUUUGGCCAACAGGAUCUCAAUCCUGCAGGCGAACAAACAGGCCUGUGAGGAAAAUAUCAAAAAAAUAGACAUCGACACACUUGAUAACCAAGGUAGUGUGAAGGCUUUUGCAGAGAAGUUCAACAGUGGUGAAUUAGUGAAAGAGACAUCAUCAUCUGAGGGAGAUGUAGAUGAAAAAAAUAUGGAAAAAGUACAAGUACAACCCAAAAAAGAGUCAGAUUAUAUAUGGGAUCAACUAAUGGCCAGUCCUAAAGAACUUAAAAUUAAAGAUAUGGAUUUCACAGACUUAGGGGAAGAAGAUGAUGUAGAUUUACUAGACAUGGAUCUGGGUCCUGGUGAAUCACUAGUUCGGCCUCCUCCACCUCCACCAUGUCUUAUGGGAUUGCCACCCCCUCCACCUUUACUAGGAGGUUCUCUUCCACCAACAGCACCUGUCCUAUUACUACCACCUCCACCACCUUUUACUAGUUCUCAGGGUAAAGAGACUUCCCAGUUGCUGAGGAGUGAACCAACCUUUAUAAAAAAGAAGAAAACUAUUAGACUUUUUUGGAAUGAAGUACGACCAGUUGGCUUGCAAUACAAAAAUUGUAAAUAUCCUAAGGACUCCCUAUGGUCCAAAUUGGAACCUAUUAAACUGGACACAUCAAAAUUAGAACAUUUAUUUGAGACAAAAUCUAAGGAAUUACCUGUUACUAAGAAAACUGCUGCAGAUGGCAAAAGGCAAGAAAUCAUAGUAUUAGAUUCAAAGCGAAGCAAUGCAAUCAAUAUUGGUUUAACAGUGCUGCCCCCUCCAAGGACUAUCAAGACUGCAAUACUGAAUUUUGAUGAGUAUGCCUUAAACAAGGAAGGCAUUGAGAAAAUUCUAACCAUGAUUCCUACCGAAGAAGAAAAGCAAAAAAUACAGGAAGCUCAGCUGGCAAACCCUGACAUUCCUUUGGGUAGUGCAGAACAAUUCCUUCUCACCUUAUCAUCAAUUAGUGAACUGACAGCUAGGCUUCAGCUGUGGGCCUUUAAAAUGGACUAUGAGACUAUGGAAAAGGAAGUUGCAGAACCUUUACUGGACCUGAAAGAGGGAAUGGACCAGAUGGAAAAUAACAAAACUCUUCAGUGCAUCUUAUCCACACUGCUUGCUAUUGGGAAUUUUCUCAAUGGAACAAAUGCAAAAGGCUUUGAGUUGAGCUACCUUGAAAAGGUUCCAGAAGUAAAAGACACUGUGCACAAACAGUCCCUGUUGCAUCAUGUGUGCACCAUAGUGGUGGAAAGAUUUCCAGACAGCACCGAUUUAUAUUCAGAGAUCGGGGCCAUCACCAGGUCAGCCAAGGUGGACUUUGAUCAGCUUCAGGACAACCUCUGUCAGAUGGAGAAGAGAUGCAAAGCAUCCUGGGAUCAUCUAAAAGCUAUCGCAAAACAUGAAAUCAAGCCAGUUUUGAAGCAGAAAAUGUCAGAGUUCCUGAAGGACUGUGCAGAAAGAAUUAUUAUUUUAAAAAUCGUUCAUAGGAGGAUAAUUCACAGGUUUCAUGCCUUUCUAUUAUUCAUGGGACAUCCGCUGUAUGGUAUAAGAGAGGUAAACGUCACAAAGUUCUGUAAAAUCAUCAGUGAGUUUGCUCUGGAGUACCGAACAACAAGGGAGCGUGUACUACAGCAAAAACAGAAGCGCGCAAACCACAGGGAAAGAAACAAGACAAGAGGGAAGAUGAUCACAGAUUCUGAUGAUGAAGACGACAUUGAGAGUGGAAAGUUUUCUAGCAACACCACCACUGCCACCAUCACCACUACCACCACCUGCCACCCCAGACCCCACUCUCAGCCACAGAUGCUACACUAUUCUGAAGAAGUUGCAGAACAUGAAAACAUGAAAGCUGUACUGAAGAGCAGCUCACCUAGUGGCGACAAUACCACUGUACUGGGAGUUCGCACUCGGUCCCGUGCCAGCAGAGGUCGUAUUGGUUCAUGGACAGCUGGUAAUGAAGACUCACCCAAUGCAACAGAUGAUACAGCCGAUGAAAUCAUGGAUCGUAUUGUGAAAUCUGCAACACAAGUGCCAAGUCAGCGAACUGUGCCUAGAGAAAGGAAGCGAUCACGAGCAAAUAGGAAGUCUUUAAGAAGAACACUGAAGAGUGGACUGACACCCGAAGAAGCCAAAGCACUAGGUCUAAUAAGCACCUCAGAAAUGCAAGUGUGAGCACAAAACAGAAGUGAAGUCAUCCAUAUCAGUCCCACUGGGAAUCAAGCUGCCCAGUUCACUCCUGUGUCUGCUUCUUUUGCCAGCUAAUUGGUGAUUUUGAUUGUUCUAAUGCAAUUUCAAAGAAAUAAAAUUAAAAAAAGAAGCUCAAACAAUGGCAAUACAUCUCAGCACUAAAAAAUGGCCACAAACAGAAGAAAAAUGCAGGAGUUCUUCAUGAUUUUUCUGAAAUAUAUAUACAGUUCAUUCACCUUUGUUUUGUUCAUGUGGAUGCUAGAACAGAGACUGUUUUUGAGCCUUUUGUUAGAUAUGCAUUUUAUGUUUACGUUGACGUUUUCUUGUGGCCUGUUUUGUUUUGUAUUGUUUGGUUAAUUACUGUGUCUUCUUGUCAAUGCAAAGGGUAAACUUUAAUCCUCAGCAUAAAUCCUCAUUUGGCCUUUCAGAUAUAAGCAGCCAUUUCUGUUACAUCUGUAUGUAUUAUAUAGGCUUAAGCCUAUGAAAAGAGUAUCACAUAGCAUCUUGUGUGAUAUUUGCCAUCAAACAGCAGUGUUUUGGAAUAGAAUUCUUUGGUUUGCCUGUAGCAUGUAUCAUGAUAGAAGCAGUGGCCCUGAGCUGUCAUGACUUCUUCCGCUUGUUUUAAUGUAAGGGAAGAAAGUAUGUUUCAGUGUAUUUCACUUUAAAGAAAAGCAGCCAUCACAGCACCUUUACUAUAGUGUCUGUAUUAAUUAUGCACCAUUAUGCUGUAACAGCAUACUGCAGUGGUGGUGCUGCGGUAGCAUUGUCGCCUCACAGUAAGACGUUGUCCUGUUCGAUUCUCAGCUAAAGCGUCUUCUGUGUGGAGACAUGCGUGAAUGGACAUACCUUU